AUGGUGAGUCAGAAUGAGGAGGAGAAACCCCAUAAGGAAGAUGCUGAGCAAAGAGAACCACAUGGGAUGUUAUCAGGAAGAUCCAAAGGGAAUGUUUCCAGGAGUGGUGCACUCCCAGACAAACCAAAAGCCGUGACUCAGGGGAGGCCAGAGGGAAACUUUAGUAGCCUCUCAGACCUUAUAACAAGAGACAAAAUCAACUUGGAAGAGACACACUACAGGUCCCAUGAGUGUGGGAAAAGCUUCAAUCAGAGCUCUGCCAUUAUCAGACAUCAGACAAUCCACACAGGUGAGAAACCUUGUGAAUGCUCUGAGUGUGGGAAAUGCUUCAUCGAUAGUUCAGCCCUCAUCUCACAUCAGCGAAUCCACACAGGAGAAGCGCCCCACACAUGCUCAGAGUGCGGGAAAAUCUUUAGUCAGAGCUCUGCCCUGAACACACAUCGUAGAAUCCACACAGGAGAGAGACCCUACACAUGCUCAGAGUGCGGGAAAGGCUUCAGUCAGAGCACACACCUUAUCAGACAUUGGAGAAUCCACACGGGAGAGAUGCCCUACACAUGCGCAGAGUGUGGGAAAAGCUUCAAUCAGAACUCACACCUUAUCAGACAUCGGAGAAUCCACACAGGAGAGACGCCCUACACAUGUGCCGAGUGUGGGAAAAGCUUUAGUCGGAGCUCACACCUUAUCAGACAUCGGAAAAUCCACACAGGAGAGAUGCUUUAUACUUGCACUGAGUGUGGGAAAAGCUUUUAUCGGCCCUCAAACCUUAUCUCACAUCAGAGAAUCCACACCAGAGAGCAGCCUUAUAUGUGCACUGAGUGUGGGAAAAGCUUCAUUCACUGCUCUGCCCUUAUCAAACAUUGGAGAAUCCACACAGGAGAGAUGCCCUACACAUGCGCUGAGUGUGGGAAAAGCUUCACUCAGAACUCACACCUUAUCAGACAUUGGAGAAUCCACACAGGAGAGAAGCCCUACACGUGCUCUGAGUGUGGGAAAAGCUUUAGUCGGCACUCACACCUUAUCAGACAUCGGAAAAUCCACACAGGAGAGACGCUUUAUACUUGCUCUGAGUGUGGGAAAAGCUUCAUUCACUGCUCUGCCCUUAACAGACAUCAGAGAAUCCACACAGGAGAGACACCCUACAGAUGCUCUGAAUGCGGGAGAAGCUUCAAUCAGCGCUCACACCUUGUCACACAUCAGAUAAUCCACACGGGAGAGACGCCUUACACGUGCACUGAGUGUGGGAAGAGCUUCAAUCACCACUCUGCCCUUAUCAGACAUCAGAGAAUCCACACAGGAGAGAGGCCCUACACAUGCUAUGAGUGCGGGAAAAGCUUCAAUCAGCGCUCACACCUUAUCAAACAUAGGAAAAUCCAUAUGGGUGUUGCCAGCACACAAAGUGCCAGAGGCCAAGCAACAGCAGUUCGUGGCCCAGUGUGCCUGGCUUGA